UUGAUCUCGGCAAUGGGUGGUUGGGAACGUGCUUGUGCAAUACACGAACCGCCAGACGUGCGAUGUCUUUUCAUUGCUUGACGUGAGAUGGAAUGGACGAGCAUGCGGAGAGGUUUAGACGAUGCUAUUGGGCGUUGACGGCGUCCGGACCGGAGCAAUACGCUUGUUGUUCGCGGGAGUGCCUUUGUAAUUUGAAAUGAAGGGCUUUGAAAACCUCGAGACUCACGAUGAUUUUCACAGUGUUUUCUUUAUUGAAUACUUAUGUGCUCGUAUCACGGUUUACCGUAUAUACUGAGCCUAGCUUCUGCCAUGUCCGUGAGCAUCGCUCGGUAUAUCCUCCUAGCUGGAUCAGAUGCUGUGCUUGGGGCUGCUUGCUUCCUCCUAUCUCUCCAAAUACACCAUCCGCCGCACUCCCCAGGUCAUCUCAUUCGCAGUGCUCGCUCACUUAGCAUACUCGCGCUUGAUCCUCUCGAAUGUGUCCGAGAGUCUCGCAUACUCCGAAUUGAUGGCUGGAAGUUCCCUCUUGAGAUGUUGUAUCACCAAGGUCUCCGUCGGAUCCUCGAUCUCACGCUCGAUAGUUUGAUCAACGGUGGUGUAAAAGUCUUUGUAGAUCCGUCGUACGCCUCUGUUGAUCCGAGCUUCGUGAUGUUCUUGCGCUUUUCGUAUCGCGUUGGUAGCCUUCCUUGCGAGGAUCGUGUAAGGAGAGCGCUCGUUGACUUGCAUCAGGUGGUUCUCGAUUUUCGCCAUUGAACGCGCCGUCACGCCUUUGCCUGGGAAUGGUCAGGUGGGAAGAUAGAACCACAUCAGGCUGCGGCUUACCGGAGUCAUUGUUGCAACUGUCGUAGACGGGAAUCAUGGUGAGACUGAAAUAGUUCUGGUCACUGUCUUGCGUCAUGUCGAGUUGGAUCGUUCUGCAUGG